AAAUCAGUAGGUUGGGGCAGCAGGAGGUAUAAACCCAGUCACCAUGAAGCUGAGAUGCACACUCACCGAGUGGGCCCUUUAUGUCUGUCCUGCUGUGCUCCUGGCAACCCAGAUGUUACUGGCAGCUGCCAGUUCAGAGACUCUGAAGUGUGAAGGACCAAUCAGCACUGAGCACGGCAGCUGCCAGGCUGCUGCCGAGGAGGACGAGGGUGAUGAAGAUGAUGGCGAUAUGACUCGAUCCAGUGAAGCUGGCUUCCAGUUCAAGGGCUACACAUUCAGUAAACCCUUCCACCUCAGCGUGUCCUAUGACUGGCUGAUCCUCCAAGGUCCUGCUACAUCGAUAUUUGAAGGAGACACACUGGUUCUGCACUGCCGUGCCUGGCAAGACUGGCCACUGACUCAGGUUAUCUUCUACCGAGAGGGCUCAGCCCUGGCUCCUCCUGGACCUAAAAGUGAAUUCUCCAUCACCGCGGUGCAAAAGUCAGAUGGUGGGCACUACCACUGCAGUGGCAUCUUCAGGAGCCCUGGUCCUGGGAGCCAAGAGACUGCAUCCCCCGUGGCUAUCACUGUCCAAGAGUUGUUCACAGCCCCAGUUCUCAAAGCUUUACCUUCUAGUGAGCCCCAAGAGGGAGGCUCAGUAACCCUGAGCUGUCAGACAAAGCUGGCCCUGCAGAGGUCAGCUUCCCGCAUCCUCUUCUCCUUCUACAAGGAUGGAAGGUCACUGAGCGUCAGAGGAGUCUCUUCAGAACUCAAGAUCCCCAAAGCCUCAGAAGGACACUCUGGCUCCUACUGGUGUGAGGUAGUGACUGAGGACAGACAGAUUUCGAAGCAGAGCUCACAGCUGGAGAUCCGGGUACAGGCUCUUCACAAACCAACUGCUUCGGAAACUCCUCCCAUAGAAGCUCGCGGUCCUCUGCCCCCACCACCUGCUUCUUCUGCUGAGAAGCCAAGAUUCUCCUCCCCAGACCCCCACCUUCAUCACCAGAUGCAGUUUCUUCUCAAACAAAUGCAAGAUGUAAGAGCUCUCCUUGGUCAUCUGGUCAUGGAGCUGAGGGACUUGUCUGUCUACCUGAAGCCUGGUACCACGAAGGUUGCUGACAAAUGAAAGCGAGCUAUUCAAUCUGCGAUAUACUCAACCACUGAAAUAAUUCCAGCUCUUUCUGGAUCAUGAGUAUGCAGGCAGAGUUUUGCAAGCUGGUUUGAUACUUAGUUAGACUAAUGGAACUGUUUGAGUGUAAAUAAAUGCAUACAGGUUUAUACCCAGAAUUUGCCUAUAACUAUAUUUUCUUUAGCCAUGACAAAGUCAUUUUGCAUUCCAGACCAGGAAUUUAUUUCUGUUGCCUAGCACAGAAUUUAAAGAGAAA